CAAAAUGAUGCGUCGUUCUGUCUGUGCUUGGGUGGUCUUGGCAGCAUUGCUUGCCGCUGUUGGAGGUGAGGCAUAUAAUGACGUGGCCAUCAAUGCUGACAUGUCUAUUGGGAUGGGACAAUGCCCACCCUACGAUGAUCCCGGCCGCGUUGUGUUACUGCCAUUCCACAAUGACUGCAGCAAGUACAUUACCUGCCUCCAAGGCAAUCCCUACGUACAGCAGUGUCCGGACAACUUAUUCUGGAGCCAGCGAAACUACCGUUGCGUUAACCGAGAGUACUCCGAGUGCCGUAGCACAGACACAGAGGAUUUUGUUGAAUACAGCGCAUAUCCUGGGGACUGUAGUCGCUUCUACGAGAAACGGGCCCUUCGCUGUGCCAACAACUAUCUAUUCAACCCGCAAAAUCAACGCUGCGAGCCUUAUCAGUACGUCAGCUGCAAGUCUGUGCCACCAUGGAACAGCGUGCCACCCACCGAUCCCAACUAUCCCAUGAUCCCAUCUACAGUGCCUCCUGCUGCCACUCCUCCGUCAAUGAUCUGGCCUACACCAGCCCCGGAUAACAAUGCCCCGCUUGAUGCUCAGUCGCUGUGCAAGAAUAGCAUCCCGAAUUCAUAUAUUCCGUUUCCCGGAGACUGUCACAAGUUUAUCCACUGUGGCCCAACGGCCACUGUGUUGAAUUGCCCUGCUGACUUGUUCUGGAACACUGGUGUGCUCUCUUGCACUGCCUCCAGCAGUGGAUGCCAGCUACUCCACUAAAAGACGAUGUUUACUUUGCGGUAUUCUCCACUUAAACCCGAUGUUAACCUCACGGGAUAAGGAAAACCGUUUUAUUUUGCACAUUCAAUUAAUGCACAUUUAAUAUUUCAUCAAUA